CCUCACCUUCUAGGUCCCAAACCGCUGAAGCCCAAAAGAUCAGCUCAGUUUCUGGACAGCUUCCUCCCACCGUGAAGCCCAUUUUCUUCACGUAGCCAGAAACAGGUCCGAGGCAGUUUCCCGAGCUUCUCUCGUUGAAUCGGUACAAACGCAGGCCGUUCCUCUCUCGCACAGUCGUCCCUCCUCUCCCGCACCGCUCGUGAGCUAGGGUUCCCAAGCCGUUGCCGCUCCAGGGCCGGUGACCCGCCGCCAUUCAGCUCCGGAAGGGAAGGAGCGCGGCCGCACCUCCUCCCCCACGCGCCCCUCCUGUGCUCGCCUUGCGUCGCCGCCUCCUGCUGACGCAUCAAGGACGGCGCCCGCCCCUGCAUCCACUGCCGACGAGCUCUCCGCUCCGGCCCGGCGGCGGACCGUCGACCUCUUCCUCCCUCCGCAUCGACCUUCCCCACCGACGCCAAAGGACGGUGCCCUCCUCCUGCGUACGCAUCAAGGACGGCCCGGCCCCUGCAUCCUCCCCAACGAUUUCGAUCUCGAUUCGAUCCAUGUCGUCGUCACAGCCACCGAUGGACAAGCCAAAACAUGUGAAAGCAACUUGGGAUGAUGUUGCUCACCGUGUUUUUCUUGAUGUGUGCAUCGAGGAAGUGAAUGCAAAUAAUCGCCCUGUGCAAGUUUUGAAUGCAAUUGGUUACAAAAAUUUGGUUGAAAAUUUUAACAAGCGCACAAAGAGGAACUAUGAUCGGAAGCAAAUGAAAAAUAGAUGGGAAACUCUCAAAAAAGAUUACACGGUUUGGAAGGGAUUGAUCCAACAUGCGUCCGGUCUUGGAAGAGAUCCAAUCACUCACACCAUUGAUGCUAGUGAUGAUUGGUGGACACAUGAGAUACAGAUGUGUCCGGAGGUAGCCAAGUUUCGGAUAGCCCCACUGCAAGACGAGGAGGACAUGAGGAUAAUUUUUGACAAAAAUGUUGUGACCAAUGUGACAGCUAGAGUGCCUCCAUCAUCUGAAGAUCGAGCUUCUCAGUCGAGGAUCAACAUUGAUGAAGUUGAAGGCUCGGGGUGUGAAGGUGAAGAUGAGACUCUUGUUACACCUUCGCGUGCACGUGGUACAAAGAAUAAGAUAUGCCCUUACUCACCUAGCCCCGCAGCAACACCAAGAUUGAGAACUGGCAGUGGCAGUGUUUCGAGGUUGGAUCGUGUCAUUGAUUUAAUAGAAAAGAAAGCGAAGGCGAAGGAGGAGGAGAAAAGUAGGAAUUCUGUGACGUCUCCUGGUCCUGCUAUUGAUCCUGUGAGGGAGGAGAUUAGGGGAAUGCUAGCAUUAAUAGUUCAAGAUGGAGCAAAACCUGGGAGUGAUGACUACUUCUAUGCCACACAAAUUUUCCUCACAAAGGAAUACCGUGAUGUAUUCACUUGUUUAGAAGAGGAGGUGGAGCCUACUGUUAGGCUUGAUUCGAUCAGGAGGACCUGGGCACAAAAGAACAAGGCGUAG